UCACGUGAGUCCCGGGCGCGCGUCACGGGAACGCUGCCGGACGGACGGACGGCUGUUCUUAUUGAGUUUGGUCCUCAGUGGACCAUGGCCAACGUCUCCAAGAAGGUGUCUUGGUCCGGCCGAGACCGCGAUGAUGAGGAGGCGGCGCCGCUGCUUCGAAGGACUGGGCCGCCUGAUGAGGAGACGCCGCUGCUGAACGGGGCCGGGCCGGCCGCGCGCCAGUCUCACUCUGCAUUUUUCCGAAUUGGACAGAUGAACAACGUGGAGCUGGAUGAUGAGCUUCUGGACCCAGAAGUGGACCCUCCUCACACCUUCCCCAAGGAAAUUCCACACAAUGAGAAGCUCCUCUCCCUCAAGUAUGAGAGCCUGGACUAUGACAAUAGCGAGAACCAGCUCUUUCUGGAAGAGGAGAGACGAAUCAACCACACGGCUUUCCGGACGGUGGAGAUCAAGCGAUGGGUUAUCUGUGCCCUCAUUGGAAUCCUUACAGGCCUGGUAGCCUGCUUCAUUGAUAUUGUAGUGGAGAACCUGGCCGGUCUCAAGUACAAAGUCAUCAAGGACAACAUUGACAAGUUCACCGAGAAGGGCGGUCUGUCUUUCUCCCUUCUGCUGUGGGCCACGCUGAACUCUGCCUUCGUGCUCGUGGGGUCUGUGAUUGUGGCCUUCAUAGAGCCAGUUGCUGCUGGCAGCGGAAUUCCCCAGAUCAAGUGCUUCCUCAAUGGGGUGAAGAUCCCUCACGUGGUGCGACUUAAGACGCUGGUGAUCAAGGUGUCCGGUGUGAUUCUGUCUGUGGUAGGGGGACUAGCUGUGGGAAAGGAAGGGCCAAUGAUCCACUCAGGUUCGGUGAUUGCUGCUGGGAUUUCUCAGGGAAGGUCAACAUCACUCAAGCGAGAUUUCAAGAUCUUUGAAUACUUCCGCAGAGACACAGAGAAGCGGGACUUUGUCUCAGCUGGAGCUGCAGCAGGAGUGUCUGCUGCAUUUGGAGCCCCUGUAGGUGGGGUCCUGUUCAGCCUGGAGGAAGGUGCAUCCUUCUGGAAUCAGUUCCUGACGUGGAGAAUUUUCUUUGCUUCCAUGAUUUCCACCUUUACCCUGAAUUUUGUUCUGAGCAUCUACCAUGGAAACAUGUGGGACCUGUCCAGCCCAGGCCUCAUAAAUUUUGGAAGAUUUGACUCAGAGAAAAUGGCCUACACCAUCCAUGAGAUUCCUGUUUUCAUCGCCAUGGGUGUGGUUGGUGGCAUUCUUGGAGCUGUGUUCAAUGCCUUGAAUUACUGGCUAACCAUGUUUCGGAUCAGGUACAUCCACCGGCCCUGCCUCCAAGUGAUUGAGGCCAUGCUGGUGGCUGCUGUCACAGCCACGGUUGCAUUCGUCUUGAUUUACUCAUCUCGAGAUUGCCAACCCCUGCGGGGGAGCUCCAUGUCCUACCCACUCCAGCUCUUCUGUGCAGAUGGCGAGUACAACUCCAUGGCUGCAGCCUUCUUUAACACCCCAGAGAAGAGCGUUGUCAGCCUUUUCCAUGACCCCCCAGGCUCCUACAACCCUUUGACACUAGGCCUGUUCACCCUGGUCUACUUCUUCCUGGCCUGCUGGACCUAUGGCCUCACAGUAUCUGCUGGUGUCUUCAUCCCAUCUCUGCUCAUUGGAGCUGCCUGGGGCCGACUCUUUGGCAUCUCCCUGUCCUACCUCACAGGGGCAGCGAUCUGGGCAGACCCGGGUAAAUACGCCCUGAUGGGAGCCGCUGCUCAGCUUGGUGGGAUCGUGAGAAUGACUCUUAGCCUGACAGUCAUCAUGAUGGAGGCCACCAGCAAUGUGACCUACGGCUUUCCCAUCAUGCUGGUGCUGAUGACUGCUAAGAUUGUGGGCGAUGUCUUCAUUGAGGGCCUCUAUGACAUGCACAUCCAGCUGCAAAGUGUGCCCUUCCUGCACUGGGAGGCCCCGGUCACCUCACACUCGCUCACUGCCAGGGAAGUAAUGAGCACACCUGUGACCUGCCUGAGACGGAGAGAGAAGGUUGGCAUCAUCGUGGACAUCCUAAGUGACACAGCAUCCAAUCACAAUGGGUUCCCCGUGGUGGAGGAUGUGGGAGAUACUCAGCCAGCCAGGCUCCAAGGCUUGAUCCUGCGCUCCCAGCUCAUCGUGCUCCUGAAGCACAAGGUGUUUGUGGAAAGGUCCAACAUGGGUCUGGUGCAGCGGCGACUGAGGCUGAAGGACUUCCGUGACGCCUACCCUCGCUUCCCUCCAAUCCAGUCCAUCCAUGUAUCCCAGGAUGAGCGGGAGUGCACUAUGGACCUUUCUGAAUUCAUGAACCCCUCUCCCUACACAGUGCCCCAGGAGGCGUCUCUUCCUCGAGUGUUCAAGUUGUUCCGGGCUCUGGGCCUGAGGCACCUGGUGGUAGUAGAUAACCACAAUCAGGUGGUCGGCCUGGUGACCAGGAAGGACCUGGCAAGAUACCGCCUAGGGAAGGGAGGCCUUGAAGAGCUUUCGCUGGCCCAGACGUGAGGGUUGGCUCCACCCUUGUGCAGUGGUACCCAAGCCCCUCUGCACCUCCUCCCAGGGUCCCUGGUCUCAGCCAAAGCCUUGCCCUCUGGGCCGUGCAACAGCAGGAGCAAAUGCCCUCCCUGAGCCUGACUGGUGUGGGGGCCAGACCCUUUUUCUUGGGCAGUUGGUUUACAUCAUCAGAACUUUCCUUGUUCCCUGACCCUUGAACUUGCCCUUCUCCUGGGUUCCUUCUCCAAGGAUGAAAUUUGUGCAGUUGCACCCUUGCGGCUCACUUCUCAGAGCCAACAGAAGCUGAUACGUGUGUGUGAGGGGUAGACAGAGACAGCCGUGACCUAUUGCUGUUUCUUCUCUGACUGAGCACCUACACUGUGGUGGUACUGCCCACACCAGCCAAGAGCUUCAGCAGCAAGGGCAUGAGGAGCUAUGCAGCCUGGAACAGGCUCUGUUGGGGAACCCACAUGUGCCAUCCCAUUCUUGGUCCAGAAGAUGGGGAAACUGGCUCUGUGGCUGGGGCUUGAGAGCUGAAAACCACAUAAAGACUGAGUCUGAGUUUACCUACAUCCGCCCCAGGCUUUCAGAACUGGGGGUCAUGGCACUGUGGACCACAGCUGGAAGGCAGGUCUUCCCGCAGCACUGAUGUCCAUAGUGGCUUUGCUUAUAACUACACUGUAUACACCCUUGGGCAGGGACCUCCCAGGACCUGGCCAUCCAGGGGUGGCCCUAAGAUGGACCUGUGAGCACCAGAGCCAAGGAGUCUCACCUCUAAACUGUGUUGUCAGAGUUGGCUCCACCGGACCAAGCUAGACCUGACAUCCAGCAGUCACCUUCUGAGUCUCCUUCCAGGACACUGGCACAUCCUAUCACAGGGUACAUGGGUCCUUUAGGAAGCUGGCAGUUACUGCCUCCCAGUCAUCAUCCCUCCAGAGGAGCGGCUCUUCGUUCCAUGAGGAGGUGGACUAAGUAUAUUGUUGAAUCUGGGUAUGAGAAAUGAGACUCCUACCUAGGGCUCAGCACUCUGGAGAUGUGUGCACUCAGCGUGGUGAUAAAGCAAGUGCAGGUGGCACCUCUGUAGACAGUAGCUGCUGUCUGUGAUGGGCAGUGGUUUGCAGCUCUUGACAAGUACUUCAGCUAGCCCAGGGACCUGACCUCAUCCCCCUCUCAUAACCUUGCUCUCAGGCUCAGUGCAGAGCGUGGUUUCUGUUACCUGCUUGGAUGACAUCCUGUCCUCAAGUCUGGGUGUGCCAGGCUCUGCAUUACAAGAAGUUGUAGCUGACCCACCUUGCCUGCUCCACUGGCCCUGGUGGGUAGGUCUUUGUAGCAAAGCCAGGGGUGCUCUGGAUUGGGAAGAGCCAUAUCUGAGUUGGACCCAAGGAGAUGAAAAACACUGCACAGGGCCUCAAAGACUUGGUACCAAAAAAGCAUGUGCAAUCUGUCCUCAGUUCUGUGUUGACUACAUGUUGAAAUGAUAUUUUUGGAUAUAUUAGGUUAAAUAAAACAAUCAAAACUUG